AUGAGUGCCAAUACAAGCGCCGACAUUAUCUCAGCGCCGGUGAAACGUCCGGUAAAGUGGUUAUCGCACGUGCGGUACGAGCACCUGGUGGCCGGUGUCGUGGGAGGUGUCGUUCCCACACUAGUCCUACACCCGUUUGAUUUGGUGAAGAUACGUAUGGCUGUGAACGAUGGACAGGUAGCCGUGCGACCCAAGUAUAACGGUUUGGUCAAUACGGUCACCACUAUUGUCAAACACGAGGGUCUGACGGGGCUGUACAGAGGGGUCACACCUAACUGCGUGGGGUCGGGUGCCUCGUGGGGCCUGCAUAUGAUGGCCGCCGCUAUCGCCGGCGUUAUCACCACUUCCUUAACAAAUCCCAUUUGGGUUGUGAAGACUCAGAUGUGCCUCCAGUACGGCACCGGUAGUCAACUGGAAGCCCUCACAGCCAACACUAAGCAAACAUACAGCGGAAUGGUAGCUGUGAUGCGGCGGAUAUACCGCACGGAGGGUGUGCCGGGUCUGUACAGGGGGUACGUGCCCGGCAUACUCAACGUAAGUCACGGCGCCCUCCAGUUUAUGGCGUACGAGGAGCUCAAGACGUUAUACGUGACCAGUCGUGGUCUGGAUGUUACUCACUUAUUUUCAUUACGAAGUCUCGUGAAUGUCUUAAUUGCAAACUCUUUGGGCAAAUAA